CAAAAAAUGUCAAUUUUAAAAGUAACAAUAAAAAAUAAAGGAGUUGAAAUUGCUAAUGAAGAAUAUCAAUAUGAAAAUAUCGUUUAAUUAAUGGAUAAAUUGAAGAAAGCUCAUGGAUAAGUACAGAAUAAGAUAAAAGAAAUAAGUAUUAGAAAUGAGAUUAUUAAAUAGUAGAUACUUUAGGAGCAGAAGGUGUAAAGAAGGUCAAAAAGAAUCCAAAAGAAGAAUAAUAAGAAGAGAAUGAUGAUAAUGGUGAUGAUGGUAAUGAUGGUAAUGAUGGUGAUGAUGGUGAUUAAGACAAUGAAUGA